AUGCGUUAUCCGGCACAGGUGUUGGAUCGAUCAGUGUUCGUGAAUCCAGGUUGGCUUGCCGAACUAUCCACGUUCUUUGCCCAGGAGUUUUUUGGCGAGAGGGCGCGAGACGAACUCAUCCUGGACGAAGGAGUCAGCUACGAUCAGUUCCUCGAAUUGCUGCGAGUUGUUUGCUACUGCCCCACGCGUAAGCCGAUUACCAGUAAGUUUUUAUUCGAAUUUUUCUGA